AUGAUAGACAGGUACUCGCGAUGGCCAGAAGCAAUUCCCCUUGAGGAAAUAUCCGCACCAAAAGUUGCGAGGGCGUUUUACGAAAAUUGGGUAUCGCGAUACGGCGCACCAAUUUACGUAACCACCGACCAAGGACCUCAGUUCGAAUCGCAACAGCAUCAGUUCCUCAAAGAAUUACAAGAGUACAUCGGUAGGGUAAAACCAAUUCCGAUCGACCACAAAAAGGCGAUAAAACCUUUCAUUUUCAAGGAUCUAUCCACCUGUUCCCAUGUAUUCCUACUGAUCAAGGCAGUGAAACCCCCUCUAAUUAGACCGUAUUCAGGACCACAUAAAGAUGUAUCACGACUUGCGGACGGAAAGACAUUCGUAAUCGAUGUCAAUGGGUCCAACAAAACGGUAAACAUCGAACUACUCAAACCCGCCCAUUAUACACCUCCAAAUUGCAAAAAUAACGUCGAUCAGACGGGCGAAGAGGGCAGCGGGGGAGCAAAAGCUGAGGAGAGUACCUAG